AUGUACCAGCACUUCCUUUUUCUUUUCUUCCUCUCCUUCAAUCCCCAUAAAUGCCAAGGUCAAAUCCUGGGUGAAGAUCCGUAUGAAAUACCCAAAGACUACCAGGAGGUCUACAGAGGGACAAAAAAUGAUGUCAAAGAGAUCCCAAAGAUUGCAAAGCCCUUUGUUUCUGAGAUGAUCUUUGUGCAAACCAGCAUCACUGCUAUAAGGAAAGGUGCCUUCAGGUACAUGCCCAACCUGAUCAAGAUUUUGUUCAUUGGCAACAAGAUCAAGACUGUGGAACCUGGAGCCUUUGAUAAUUUGGACAAGUUGAGGGACUUGGACAUCUCUGGUGCCUCAUUAGAAAAACUGUCUGUGGGCACUUUCCAAAACCUCCCAAGUCUGCAGAGGCUGGAGCUGAGAGACAGCCAGCUCAGAUCCAUCCCCAAAGGCCUGUUUGAUGGGCUGGGAAGUUUGGGAGAGCUCUCCCUGCACAUCAACGCAAUCCCUUCUCUUCCAGAAGGCAUUUUUGAUUCUCUUGUCAAUCUAACUUUUUUGGACCUGUCUAGAAACAGGAUCACAACUCUUCCUGUGAAUGCCUUUAGCAAACUCACCCAGCUGCAAGUCCUCCGGCUGUAUGAGAAUGAGUUGCAGGACCUCCCAGAGGGACUGCUAGACAGUCAGCUGGAGCUGCAGGAGCUCAGCCUCCAGAGCAACAGGCUCAGGGCACUGCCACCCAUGCUUCUGAGGAACCUGCCUCACCUGGAGAAGCUCCUCUUGGACAACAACCUUCUCAGGGCUCUCCCACCUCAGGGCUUUUUUGGUUUAAACAAACUGAAGUUGCUGACUCUGGGCUCCAACCAUAUUGUGGAGCUCCCCUGCUGCCUUUUUGACACCAUGCCACACUUGCGGGAGCUGGAUCUGGGCAGGAACAGUUUGGCCACCCUUCCAGAUGGCAUCUUUGUCAACCUCACAUCCCUUGGCAAACUCAUCUUGUCCCACAACCACCUAUCAGCCCUGCCAAGAGGAGUCUUCACUGGGCUCAGCAAGCUCUUGGACCUCCAGCUGGACACAAAUCAGCUCUCUGCUCUGGAUGAAGAGGUCUUUGCUUCUCUCCCAAAUCUGAAAACCCUCAACCUUCGAAAGAACCAGCUGGAGAGUGUUCCCCAAGGGCUCCUAAACCCUCUGAAGAAGCUCAGCUCAGUGUAUCUUAGUGGUAACCCAUGGAGAUGUGACUGCAACCUCUGCUACCUGCACCGCUGGAUGCAGGGCAACAGGGAGAAGGUCAAAUUGUCCACCCAAGUCACCUGCAAGAGCCCACCCCACCUGGCAGGGCAAGCAGUAACACUGCUGAGGGAUGAACACCUGAUUUGCCCCGGAACUCUGCCAUUUAACUCCACCCCAUCUCAAAGGACAACAUUCCUGUCACGUGGAGCCACAGCAGCACCAACCAUGCUGUUGUUGGCAUCCUUUCCCAUCAGGACACUGCCAACCACUCUUUCACCUGUGGUCACCUCUGCUGUGUUGCCAAUGGAGGCUGCCUUCACCACUCCAACCACUCCAUCACCAACCUUUGUCACCAUCCCACCCCCAGCUGUGCUGCAGAAGGCCUUCAGUGCCAGCCCAUCAACAAACAACAAGCCCAAGGCCUCCAUCACCACACCAUCAACAGCCACUGUGCUACCAGAGAACUCCAUCACCACACCAUCAACAACCACUGUGCUACCAGAGAACUCCAUCACCACACCAUCAACAACCACUGUGCUACCAGAGAACUCCAUCACCACACCAUCAACAACCACUGUGCUACCAGAGAACUCCAUCACCACACCAUCAACAACCACUGUGCUACCAGACAACUCCAUCACCACACCAUCAACAACCACUGUGCUACCAGAGAACUCCAUCACCACACCAUCAACAACCACUGUGCUACCAGACAACUCCAUCACCACACCAUCAACAACCACUGUGCUACCAGAGAACUCCAUCACCACACCAUCAACAACCACUGUGCUACCAGAGAACUCCAUCACCACACCAUCAACAGCCACUGUGCUACCAGAGAACUCCAUCACCACACCAUCAACAGCCACUGUGCUGCCAAAGGUCUCCAUCACCACACCAUCAACAAUCAGUGUGCCCAGGUCCUUCAUCACCACACCAUCACCAACUGUGCUACCAAAAGCCUUCAUCAGCACUUCAUCACCAGCUGUGCUGCCAGAGACCACCAUUACAACAUCAUCACCAACAGUGCUGCCAAAGGCCUCCACUGCCACACCAUCAUCAUCAGCUGAGGUGCCCAAGGCUUCCAUCACCACCCCAUCACCAGCUGUUUCAACUUCAGCCAUCGUAAGGCUGCAGUCUCCUGGGGCCCCCCACCCAGAACCUGUGCCACCCGCUCUAGCUUCUGCCACCACACUGGUGCCAACAGAGCCACUGGCAGCCACCACCAGACAAGAGCCUCCUGCUCUCUCAGUGCCCAGCGAGAGGCCAGCCACCAUCCCACAGGGAACACCCAUAACCCCUCCUGUCUCAGCUUCCUCCGUGGCUCUCCAGCCAUUCCCCAGGACUGCUGCUCUGGGCACAGUCCCGCUGGCCUCACAUUCACCAUCACAUGCUCCUGCACCAGGCAGGGAAUGGGGCUAUUCCACCAUGUGUGACUUGUCCACAGCUGGUGCCCAGCCCACCCCCACUGCCCCGGCAGGCACCGUCCCGCUCCCAGCGCCAUCAGACAGCACAAGCCCCUGUCCAGCCUCCCUGCCCCUGGCCCCCAGCAGUCAUCGUGCCUGGGGCUUGUCCCUGUGGACCAGCCCAUGGCAGUGCCAGGUGUCCCUGGCCUUGGGGCUGGCCGUGCUGGCACUGCAGGCAGCCUGCACACUGCUGGGAGGGGUGGUCGCCCUCCUUCUUCACCAGGACACCCGCCACCACCCCGGACCACCUGUGAGGCUGCUGAGCCUUCGGGCCCUGGCUGCUCCAAGGACCCCUGAGCCAGCUGUGGCACCACCUUGAGCUUGGCCGCCCCUGUAUGACUCCUUUGGGCUCUGCAGCCGUGCUGGGUUCGCUGUCCCUGGGAUGGGGGUCCCGGCACGCAGGCGAUCCCAGUGAAGGGGGUCCCAGCAGCCAGGCUGUUUUGGGAUGGCUCCCGGCGAUGCUGGGAGCCUG